GGGUGGAUAAUGUUGCUGUCACAGAACAUUCCAGGAUGUUUAUUCAAAAGCACCACUACAGUGAGUACGGAUAAUUACAACCAUCACUGCUGUGGCAUUAAAUUCAGUCAAUGUCAAAGAGUUCAUGUUCUGAAUGAGUUACUGCAUGGUAUUUUGUUUCUAAAUUCCUGAAAUAUAAACCACAUUGGUUUGGCCAUCCUGUGCUGGAUGAAAUGUUGAGGCAGAAGAUACGGAAAGAGAGAGAGAUAAAGAAAGGGGAGGGGUGUAACACGAGGAGGCUGCUGUGACCUGACUCAUGUGAACUGUAAGGCGUGGUGUUGUUCAAGUUUUGUCUUGAACUAGACAAAGGGCUUUAUAAGAAAAGAGGCGAGUUCAGUUGUGUGGCUGACUAACAUCCUAAGCCUCUGGUCUUUACUGAGAGAAGGGUUGUUGAAAUCCCAAUUCAUAUUCCGCUGCCUGGCAAGACAGUAGACUAACAGCCAUGGAUACCCUUAUCAUUAAAGAAGAGGACGGAGAAGAGAAUCACAAAUCCUCUGGAGGCCCAGAGUUACCCCAGACUAAAGAGGAACCAGGGGAUUGUACCAGACCCGUUGAGGCUGGGGACAACCGGGGACAACCUGGGGACAACCCUCCCCAGUCUACCCCUCUGAGCCCAGAGGAUGUGCUGUGUGACUCUUGCAUUGAGCGUCCCUGCAGGGCCCUCAAGUCCUGCCUCACCUGUCUGGUGUCCUACUGCGAGGCCCACCUCAGGCCCCACAUGGAGAACAGCAAGUUCCACAACCACCGUCUGGUGGAGCCCUUACAGGACAUGGAGGAUCGCAAUUGUGACCUUCACAACAUGCCUCUGGAACUCUACUGCCUGACCGAUGGAGUCUGUGUGUGUCAGGAGUGUCAGGAAGUUGAGCAUCGGGGACACAGCUCUGCACCUGCAGGGGAGGCUCGCAGACAGAUUGAGACAGAGCUGCAGAAGAAGCAGGGGGAGAUUGUAAAGACAAGCACCAUGGCAGAGAAUGCUAUCAGCAAGUUGCAGAGGAACAAUGUAUCCAUUGAGAGUUCCGUGGCAGGGGUCCGUGCUGUCAUGGAGCAGGAGUUCGGCCUCCUGCAGCGGGCAGCGGAGGAGGCCAAGAGGGGAGUGGCAGAGCUUCUGGAGGCGGAGCAGAGGCAGGCGCUCAGCCAGGCUGAGGGCAUCCAGGCCCAUCUGGAGCAGAGGAGCGCCGAGCUGAAAAAGACCUCGGCCCGCCUGGAGAGACUCUGCAGGAACAAGAUUGAUGUUGACUUCCUGCAGCAAUACUCUGAGUGGAAGAAGGGGGCAGUGGACGUGUGUCUGCCUGAGGUGCAUGUCAGCCUCAUGGACCACUUGUCCUCCUUCAGCACUGUGGUGACUGAGGUCACCCAGGAGCUGUGUGGCCAGCUACUCUCCACAUACACACUCAGGUUACAGGGAGCCUGCAAGAGUGAGAAACUGGCCCAUGCCAAGAUUACAGAAACUCAACCCUUGUCUCUGCCUCAACCAAAAACUCGAGAGGGCUUCCUCAAAUAUGCCAUCCGUCUGAACUUUGACCCAGAUACCACCCACCAGUACCUGAGGUUGACUGAGGACGACAGAAAGGUGACCAACACCACGCCCUGGCAGCACAGCUACCCUGAUACGCCCGGUCGCUUUGACCACUGGCGCCAAGUGAUGACCUCCGAGAGCCUUUACCUGGGGCGCCACUAUUUCGAGGUGGAACUGGGUGGGGAAGGGACUCAUGUGGGACUCUCUUAUAAAAGGCUCCACAGAAAGGGCCCGGAUAGCCGCUGCUGCAUCACAGGAAAUGACUUCUCCUGGUGCCUGGGGAAGGAGAGUAGAGGUUACUCUACCUGGCAUGCAGGUGUGGAGACACCCCUGGACGCCAGUCUGGUGACAAGGGCAGGGAUCUAUGUUGACUUUGCCAGUGGUUUGCUUUCCUUCCACCAUGUGACUGAUUCUAUGACACUCCUUAAGCAGUACAGUGCUGACUUCAUGGAGCCUUUGUAUGCCACGGUCUGGCUCUCUAAGAAAGACAAUGUGGUCUCUCUGGUCAGUCCUGAGGAUCCAUUUCCACAAAAUAGCUAAAUUGUCAUAACUGCUGCUCCUUUAAAACCACCUACUGAUGUCCUACAGUUAUAUCAGGGUGUGCAAUAACUACCUGCACUACAGUCAGUGGGCAAGUAUGUGUGUUUAGUAAAUGGUAAAAGAUAAGGGACAGUACAAGAAAAAGAUUGUUGACAUCUGGUUCUGGUUCUAGUACACCAUCUAGUGGUGACUGAAGAACAAGACUGUACUUAUAAUAUAUGUACUGUAAUUUUUUAAACAUGUACUGAAGAAAUAUUAUAUGUGCUGGCGUUAGAACAGGACUUCCUAAAAGCAAUUGUAGAGUGAUUGUAUAAUAAAUGUAUAAACAUAUACAUAUUGUGUGAAACACAAAUUACAACAAUGUGAUGCAAAUAAAUGUUUAUUCAAUUAGCAAAUUACCACUCAAAAAGGUCAUAUAGCUUGACACGGCAUGAUCACAAUUAUUCCAUUAUUAUGAAGGCUGUAGCAUGGAACUUCAUUAUACAUUAGACCGCCUCACUCUAAUUAUGAG